AUAUGUCUUGUGCAUGCUUUCACCCGAGCCACGUUCAUUACAAGAGUAGUUGUUCUCACAAUAUCGCGCCACUUAAGAGCAGACGAUCGGCCACUGCAUCUACACAGCGGCAAGAUCAUACUCUUGGCAGAAUUGGCAGUCAGGCAUAGAUUGAGGAGAAUGCGGGGACAAGUCAAACAUACGAGAGCGUAUACGGGGUCUGUUAUCCCGUAAUUACUUUGCAACAAGCACUUCGGUUCAUACAAGAGCGAGAAAAACAUAAACUAUGUGUAUAAAGAGAUGGCGUCCGCCAUAGCCUUUGGAGGAGCACAAAGAGAAGCAAGACGGUAACCAAGCUAGACUCUUCAUUUGCAACCAUGGCCCGACUAUCCAUCCUCGCAGCAGCACUCGCCCUCAUCUCCUUGACCAAUGCCGCCGACUGUGGUGCUGGUACACCUGAGGCCAAGGUCACAGGCUCUUCGGGUGCCUAUGUGGCCACCAAAGGUGGUUCCAGCGUAUACAGCGGCUCAGACUACUUCGCCGCAAUCAAUGCUGCGCUCGGCGCCAUUGCCAGCGGCGAGCGCGUUGCCGUGAUGGCGUCGGGUUCCAUUGGCACCAACAUCAUCUCCAUCGGCAGCGGCAAGAUCUUCGAGGGCUGUGGCACUAUUAAUCUGGGCUACAAGGCUGGGAGGGGUGGCAUCGAGUCGCUGAACACAAAGGGUGCCUCUAUCCCUUACCUGAGCCUGACCGGCGCCCCCUACUUCGCCAUGCACUUCUACGGUACCACCGACCUGUCGCUCGGCAAGAUCGUCAUGAACCUCACCGGUGGUAUUGGAAUCCGCUUCGACCGUGACGAGGCUGCAAACAAAAACGUGAAGAUGGACUCCAUCAAGGUGACUGGCGCUACCAGCCACGCCGUCGAGACCUGGAACAUCGAUGGUCUUACCAUAAACGAGGUCAUCGCCCGUAACGUCGGCGAGUGCGGUCUGCUGCUCCAGAUGACGACCAAUUCGCAUGUUGGCCUCGUUGACGCCGAUAAUGCCGGCGCCGGUACCGGCUACGCUGCCCUCCGCUUCGCGAACCAGAACGGCAAACUGAACGGCGGAUAUGAGACCAACAUCUUCGUCGACAAGGUCAUCGCCAAGGGAGGUGGCCGUGGCUUCUUCUGUGUCUCGGAGUCUGGUGGCGCCGAGAUUGGUACUGUCGAUAUUUCUAACACCGGAAACAAUGCUAUUCUUAUUGAGAACUGCUACGGCGUCACCAUCCGCGGUGGCACCGUCAAUGGAGGCGGAGAGGUCCGUCUCUCGGCCCGCGACGAGUUCGCGCUUACCGAUGAUAUUGAGCUCCAUCUUAAAGUCGAUGGCACCACUGUCCGCGAGUCUCCUUGUGGUACCAACAUUGUGCUUGACAUCACGGGCAGCGCCACGCUGGAUGUUUGCUAAAUGGCUCAAAUAUUACGGGCGCAUAGUAGCCAUCGGGGCUGGCCUCAGAGAACGGCAUUUGCUUUUCUGUUCUGGCUCCAUUCAUUUUUUUUCUUGGGACUGGAAUAGGAAGUUUUGUAUUUAUAUAUAACUUGUAUAAAGGGUUCAAAUACGUGUACAUAAGUCGUGUGGGCGGCUUAGAGCCGCAGAGCAAACUCAAAAAAUAUGACAGCAC